GGGGUCCAGAACUCUGGGGAAGCUCAUGAUAAACCACCGCAACUCUCUCUUCAGCCCUCAAUCAUCUUCUCCCUCAAAAUUCAUUUAUUUUAACCUUCAGUAAUCCAUCCACAAUUCCAAAAUGAGCGGCCCAGGAGCUGGUUUCGAAUAUCCUCGCCAGGAAGUUUCCUGGUUGAAGAGAGAUGUUCUGCUAUUCGCAAACAGCAUUGGAUGCACAGCUGAUGAGCUACACUUCCUUUAUGAACUACACCCAAACUUUGCUGUCUUCCCAACAUAUCCAAUUAUUCUCCCAUUUAAGAAGACAACGCAAGAAGUGAUCGACUUCUACGCCAGCCAAAAUGCAAUCCAAAUCCCCGGUGUGCCCAAGUUCGAUCCAAAACGUGUAGUAGACGGCCAACGGCUCAUAACCUUCCUCAAGCCCCUCCCUACCACCUCCGCCGGCAAGACAUUCGAGCUCCGCUCCAAAGUGAUCGGCGUAUAUGAUAAGGGCAAGGCAGGCAGCGUAGUGGAAACCCAGCAAGAGAUAGUCGAUAAGGCGACGGGAGAAGUUUAUACUAGGAUGGUAGGGAGUGCGUUCUACGUUGGGCAAGGCAAUUGGGGUGGCCCCAAAGGCCCAGCUACGGAGAGCUUCCCUCCGCCCCAGGGAAAGAAACCUGAUGCUGUGGUCAGCCAUCAGACCACAGCCGAAUCAGCCUUGCUUUACCGACUCAAUGGAGAUUACAACCCUCUUCACGCUACGCCCGAACCAGGAAAGAAGAUGGGUUUUGGAGGAGCUAUCAUGCACGGGCUCUCCAGCUGGAAUUUUGCAGCACACGGCAUUCUGAAGGCUAUUGGCGGAAGUGAUCCUAAUAAUAUCAAGGAGUUCCAAUGCCGCUUUGCUUCCCCCGUGAAGCCGGGCGACAAGCUUGUUACGGAAAUCUGGAAGACGGGAAUUCUCAAGGAUGGCUGGGAGGAGAUCAGAUUCCAGACGAAGGUUGAGGGUGGCAAGGUGUGCCUGAGCAAUGGAAGAGCUUUGAUGAAGCCUGUUAGUGGUGGGGCCAGCAAACUGUAGGCAUCAUUGACGUAGGUGGAUCUGGAGCAUAGGGGGGCU